CGAUAUUUGGGGGCGCCUCCGAGACGCGCCUGGCGCGGGUGAGGAGACGAAGGGGGUUCGGGGAAUGAAUCCUCGCUGCAGGGCGGAGUGAGAGGGAGGCUGAAGAAACUUAGCUUGCGACCGGGUCUGCGGGUGUGCAUGUUUGGGACCCACCAAGUGCCUGGUGAUUGGCAAUUAGACCUGGUCACACAUUCAGGGAGCUUGCUGGUCGUGGUAUGGAAGUGGAGAGGGAGAGGCAAAGAAACCUGAUGAACAAAUUGAAUCGAUGAUCACCAAAAAGGUGCACCCCAGAGAAGGACCCGUCUCAGGUGAUUUCAGAUCCUAAAUUUUGACAGCUUUAUGGAGCCCACUUCUGGCAGGCUGCCAGAACUUGAAGCCACCAGACCCCACAUGGAACCAAGGUCCUCAUGUCCAGCUGCUGCACCCUUGGUAGAGAGACAGUACCAUGUUCUUGUGGGUGUCACUGGGAGUGUUGCAGCCCUGAAGUUGCCUCUUCUGGUGUCAAUGCUUUUGGACAUUCCUGGUCUAGAAGUAGCAGUGGUCACAACUGAAAGAGCCAAACAUUUCUACAGUCCCCAGGACAUUCCUGUCACCCUCUACAGUGAUGCUGAUGAAUGGGAGAUGUGGAAGCACCGGUCUGACCCAGUUCUCCACAUUGACCUGCGGAGGUGGGCAGACCUCAUGCUGGUGGCUCCUCUUGAUGCCAACACUCUGGGGAAGGUGGCCAGUGGCAUCUGUGACAAUUUGCUUACCUGUGUCAUCCGGGCCUGGGACCGCAGAAAGCCCCUGCUCUUCUGCCCAGCGAUGAACACGGCCAUGUGGGAGCAUCCCAUCACCUCACAGCAGGUGGACCAGCUCAAGGCCUUCGGCUACAUCGAGAUCCCCUGUGUGGCCAAGAAGCUAGUGUGUGGCGACCAAGGUCUGGGAGCCAUGGCUGAGGUGGGCACCAUUGUGAACAAAGUGAAAGAAGUCCUCUCCUUCCAGCAGAGUUGAACCCAGGACCUCUGCUACUUGUGUCCUGUACCCAGUGUGUUUUUAGGCCGAGUUGGUGAAGGUAGACAUCAGGUGGAGACUUGCCUUUGCCGAGUAGGGGUCUGGCCUGGCCUGUUGCACAGCCUCCAAGAGCCUGACCUGCCCCACAUUAAACUAGACCAAAGGCCCAGGUCUCAACUUCGUUCAACCAGAAGAUACCUGCUUUCUGGGAGCCCCUCCUCACCUUUUCCUAGGAUGGGCCCAGCAAGCCAGAGGAGCAAGCUGCUGUAUUGUCCCUGUGCCCCUGGGAGGGGACCAAGGAGUGACUGACCAACCUUGAUUCUACAUCAUGCCCAGGAACCACUUUUAGAAAUUGCCUCAGCUGGAGAGCCCCAGUGUGGCGGGCCCCUGGCCAGGCCUUUGGAGUUUUAGCUCCUUGGUGGGUUGUCCUGGUGCCAUGCAGUCAGGAAAGCCUGCAAGUUGGCAAGUCCCUGAGAUUUCCCACAGACCAUGCUGUGAGAUGGAGGGUACUGAGAAAUAAAGUGACCUUUUGAGAGAC